GGUGGCUCAAGGGAUAAGCCACCUGUCUUCGCAACCGAGUAGAUCUGCACAUCCACAAUAGCCAGUCUCCAGACCGUAGCUUCGAGUCAUGGACGCCGCCGACGCCGAAGUCGUGAUCGAAGUGCCCUUUCUCGCUCGCGUCUACAAGAGCGGCCGCGUCGAGCGGUUCCUCGGCAACGACGUGCUUCCUGCCGGGGUCGACCCUGCCACCGGCGUCGCAUCCAAGGACGUCAUCGUUGACCCAGCCACCAACCUGACUCUGCGCCUCUACCUACCGGACCUCGCCGGUAGCUCCUCCGAGAGGAAGCUCCCCGUCCUCGUCUACUACCACGGGGGCGGCUUCGUCAUCGAGACCGCCUUCUCCCCGACGUACCACAACUACCUCAACUCCCUCGUGGCCGCAGCCGGCGUGGUGGCGGUGUCCGUGGAAUACCGCCGCGCGCCGGAGCACCCGCUCCCGGCCGCGUACGACGACUCGUGGGCGGCUCUCCGGUGGGUGGCGUCGCGGCCAGCGGAGGAGGCGUGGCUAUCGGAGCGGGGGGACCUGGGGCGCGUGUUCUUGGCCGGGGACAGCGCGGGAGCCAACAUAGUGCACCAGAUGGCCGUGCGGGCGGCGGAUGAGGGACUGGGAGGCGGAGCCGCCAUCAGAGGGCUGGUGCUGAUCCACCCCUUCUUCUGGGGGGCUGAGCCGCUGGAGUCGGAGAGCCGGGACCCGAAUGCGAGGGAGUGGGUGGGGCGGAUAUGGGCGUUCGUGCGGCCCGGGACGGCGGGGCUGGACGCCCCAUGGAUAAAUCCGCUUGCGGAGGGAGCGCCGAGCUUGGCGAGGCUACCUUGCUCGCGCGUGCUGGUGACGGUGGCGGAGAAGGACCUGCUGCGGUGCCGGGGGCAGGCGUACUACGCGGCGCUGAAGCGGAGUGGGUGGGAAGGGGAGGCUCGGCUGUUGGAGACGGAGGGAGAGCAGCAUGUGUUCCAUCUCCUAAGCCCCAAGAGCGACAAAGCGUUGGCCAAGUUGCAGGCUGUGGCAGCUUUCCUCACUGCGGAUUGAUCUUUAGCUGAUGCUGCUUAUGGCAUUUAGCACAAAGAUUGGAUCAACCGCCAGAAGAGAGCCUCGCUUACUUCACCAUCGAAUUGUUCUUCAAUCAGAUCAAAGAAAACUUCAUGCUUUUGCAUGUCAAAGUUAAUUUAAUGAC